UCCGAAACCACCCAACCAUCUUCCUCCCCUUCGGAGCCCGAUCGACGAGCUCCGGUAACGGCGCAAAAGCUGGUCGUCGUCGUCUCCGGCGACGAUGGCGGCUGCACGGGCGCACGUGGAGAGGCUCCGGCGGGAGCGGUACUACAUCGGGCGCGGCGAGCAGAACCCGCUAGCGGAGGACAUGCACCAGGCGGUGAACUACCUGAGCCAGGAGCUCUACUCCAAGGACGUCCACUUCCUCAUGGAGCUCGUCCAGAACGCUGAAGACAAUGAGUACCCUGAUGGAGUAGCACCGUCAUUGGAGUUUCUAGUAACAUCAACUGACAUCACUGGAUCUGGUGCAUCGUCAACUUUACUCAUUUUCAACAACGAGAAGGGCUUCUCUCCAUCCAAUAUUCAAUCUAUUUGUGGCGUGGGGAAGUCGACCAAAAAGGGAAACAGGGACAAGGGCUACAUUGGAGAGAAAGGUGAAUCUAUGCAGCUCAUGAAUCCUUUUGUGUUCACUUGGCCAAUUUGAAGCAUUUUACCUUUUAAUGUUAGAACUUCAAUUUUGUUAGCGCGUCACCGGUUGGAACUUUCCCUGUCAAACGUUAUGAUAGCUGCUAUAUAUCAAAUGACAUAUAAGAUGGGCAGAAUUCUAUUUAGCACUUAAUCUAGUGCUUAGUUAGAAUGGUGGUGGAGCAAAUAUUCUCAUAAUGUAUAUGUAUUUUGCAAAAUAAAUUGGGUGCAGCAUGCACAGUAUUGCUUGAGAUGAUUUGUGGUGCAAGAUAUCAUGCGUUCAUUUCCUGACACUCAGAAACAGAGAUGUGUGCAUGUUUUGAAAUAUUAGUGUAAGAAAAUAGUACCGACCACAAAAUAUUACCACUGGCCUUUUAGGGCCCAUUGUAUCUAGAAGUAAGACUCAUUAUUUAUCAUAUAUAUAACCACAUCAAAUCUUCUUGAUGUUAAGUUGUCACUUGUGCAUUUCACUAUUGUCUCGAAAGUGUGUGGAUCUAUUUCUUUCAUAGCCUUGCUAGGCAAACUUUAGUUUUUGGCAGGCUCCUAGAAAUCGGCCUUUGCAUGGCAAAUUCAUGCACAUGGCACAUCAACUUUAUUAACAAUUUUUCCCCUCCUGUAGUAUGUUUCUGAUUGAAAAACAUUACUCUUCAUCAAUAGCUUACUGAAGCAGAUCCAUCAAAUACAGACUUGGUAUAAAUAAUAUUAAGCAUGCAUCGCUUCACUUUUGUUUUUAAGGCAUGCUGG